GAUGCGUGCUCGUUAUUUUGCACAACAUACAACCACCGACUAUCGAUAUGCCACUAAACUCACAGACUAGGCUGUUGCCAUUGAGACAGAUUGAGCUGCCCACUAUACAAGUCCCCCCGGAACUGAAAAUCCGAACCGAUCAAGAUGUGGAAAUCUGGAAAUCCACCAAGGGAUAUGCAGAUUAUUUGUUGUUCCUCCUCCGGCUGAGUGAAGCAGUGGUUGAUUACACGCUCCCACUAGUGAACCUCCCAAAACAGAGCCAGGAAAUCGACCGAAUACUUGCUCUCCUGGAUACCUUGAGUAGCUGGGUUGAUGAAAUCCCUCCCCUUCAGACUCCUCAGCGUUUUGGUAAUCUUGCGUUCCGUACAUGGGGCGCUCGCUUGGAGGAGCGCUCUGACGAGCUUCUUUCGGGCUUGCUUGGCGAGAAGUUCGCCUCCGCUUCCCUGUAUCUGAAGCCUUACUUGCUCACGUCAUUUGGGUCGUUCCUGAGAAUGGAUUAUGGGACCGGUCAUGAAUUAUCAUUCGCUAUCUUCCUUCUUUGCCUAACUCUUAUACGCUUCUUAAAACCUGAGCCGAAUGAAGAGCGCCAUAUGGUCCUCAGCGUUUUCGUACGCUAUCUGCAACUAUGCUGGAAGCUCCAAGACGUCUACAGGUUGGAGCCCGCAGGGAGUCAUGGUGUUUGGGGACUCGACGAUUACACCUUCCUUGGCUAUAUAUUCGGAAGCGGACAGUUACGAGACCAGACGGAUAUUACUGUAGCUUCCGUACUAAACCCCCCGCUUCCCCAAAGCAACCUAUAUUUUAUGUCCAUUAUGCGGAUUCAUCAGGUGAAACACGGACCGUUUUACGAACACUCCUCUCAGCUUCACUCAAUCGCCGUUGGGGUUCCUAAUUGGGGGAAAGUUCAUAAUGGAUUGUUCAAGAUGUAUGAGGCAGAAGUUCUGGGCAAGAGGGUAGUGGUUCAGCAUCUACCCCUGGGCGGGCUGAUGGAAUGGGAUACCCACGUCGAUCAGCGUCACGCGCCGUCAACGUCGCGCGACGCACCUGCCAGCGUGGAUACCCGGGCUCCUUGGACACAUCCUCGCUAGCGAUGAAGAUAUAUCCGACGUGUUAAACAAAGUAUUUUUUGACGGUAUUUAUGCUCGCCAAUGUCAAGUAGAUGCGGAAUGGAUGGGGGUCCGCGUCCCUAACAGCUUUACGGAAUAUCCUGAGACACUCAGAUGUUGUUUCGUUAGUUUCGCUUGGCCCUAACGCCACGGAACGUUCUGAUCUGUCAGACUUUUCGUACAGUGGUCAAGAGACUGUCUGAGUCGCGAAUAUGUGAUGGAGAUCUUACGGCGUACAAAGGGCCAACAUUCCAGUCGAUCGGAUGUUUUACACCACUCGCGUGUGAAUGGCAGGCGGCGCAAAUCUUCAUCGCAGGAGACCUGCGUAUUAGAUAGUGGUGACCCCCUUUAAUUUCAUUUGGAGUCGAGAAUGGACCAAGUGAUGGCAAUGGAGAUGAUCGAUAUGGAUACUCCGUUAAAUGACUUUGACCCGGGUUCGUGUGUCGGCUGUG